CAACCAGAGUACUACCAGCUCACCUGCACCUGGCCUCACAGGACCUGCCCGAGGCAGCGGAGGAGGAGCUGACCGGCCGGCGGGCCGGAGGCGCAGCGGCGGCCACGUGAGCGCACAGCCGGGGCCGCGCCGCGCCUCCCGGGACGUCGAUGCCGGGCCGGCGGCGCGCGGGGCUUGCUCAUGAGGCCUCUGCCGAGCCGGAGGAGGAGAAGCCGCGGCCUCUCGCUGGGAGUCUUCGCCCUCUGUUUGGCCGCAGCCCGCUGUCUGCAGAGCAGGUGUGCCUUCUCGGCAUCUGGGGAGAAGGGCGGCAUUUCCACUCUACAGGCGGAAAAGGAGCUGAGAAGAACAUCAGGUCAGGGCGUGUCCCUGUACAUUCCCCAGGCAGCCAUCAAUGCCACGGUGGAAGAGGACAUCCUGCUCUCAGUUGCAUACUCCUGCCAUGGCAUCCCCACCAUUGAAUGGAAGUAUACAUCCAACUGGGGAGUGCAGAAGAUUGUGGAGUGGAAGCCAGGGACUCAGGCCAACAUCUCCCAAAGCCACAAGGACAGGGUCUGCACCUUCGACAAUGGCUCCAUCCAGCUCUUCAGUGUGGGCGUGAGAGAUUCCGGCUACUACGUCAUCACGGUGACCGAGCACCUGGGGAGCAGUCAGUUUGGUACUAUCGUGCUGCAUGUGUCGGAGAUCCUCUAUGAAGACCUCCACUUUGUCGCUGUCUUCCUUGCUCUUCUCGCUGCCGUGGCCGCAGUGUUAAUCAGCCUCAUGUGGGUUUGUAAUAAGUGUGCGUAUAAAUUCCAGAGGAAGAGGAGACACAAGCUCAAAGAAAGCACAACAGAGGAGAUUGAGCUGCAAGAUGUGGAGUGUUAGCCAAGGCUGGGCCCAGUUACAUUCCUACCUCAAGAGGAAAACGUUAUUUUCCAACGAAAGGAGCAAACACAGCAGGUCCACCCCCGAGCCUCUUGUUCUGCCACAGCCAACCGUUCCUGAUGGGCCAGCCAGACGUUGACAAGGUUGACUGCCUGGAGCUGGACUCUGGAUUGAACAAAGUCAGUUCUAGUGGCAUGGAGUUCAAAGAGGAGAGGGGUGGAGGCUGUGAGCCAGAGCUGUGCUUGGCUGCGACCUCUGGGCCACGUGGACCCAUAAGCAGUGGGCCCGUGCAGGCCCUCACUGCCUCCUCACUACGCUCUGCUCUGGUGGAGGGAGGGGCAGGGGAGGCCACUGGAGGGGUCCUCGAACUAGAGGCCAGAGUAUUUCCAGAUCAAGUGCACAGCCAGCACUGGAACAAGCUCUCUGUGCUCCGGUCUCCUCUGCUGUGGCCUCCUUCAACCCUCUGUGGGAGCUGUUGUGAGAGCUGAGGCUUUAGACCACCUGUUCAGAGCAGGGAGAGGACCCCUUGUGGUCUCAAGCUUUAGGGAGAAGAGCUUAAUUUGUUCCAGAGGGACAAUUUCUUCCAAGGAAUAGGGAGAAAAUUAUCUUUCUGUUCCUCUCUUACUCCAAUGUUAAUUAGAUUUUCCCUUCUAUGGCCCCAGCGUAGGCCAGUGUGAGGAAAACAGUUCAUCUUCACCGUGGGCAGCAUCUGGCCGCCAAACGGCCCCCUGACAAGCUGGGUGACACUACCUGCGUGAAGCCUAGGCCUGCCUGGUGGGCGGGACAACUGGAAAGUCAGCAUGGGCUUCGAAUCUGCCCCCCUUAGUCACUCACACUUCCUGGCAAGUCAGGGCCUUGCUUGCUCCCAGCUGGGCUGAGGAACACUUGGCCCUCACCUACCUCACCCUCAAGGUAUCAAGUGAAGCCCACAGAAGCACAGAGCACUCCGAGCAACUGAAGGAAAGCAUGGGGAAUCUUCCAGAGCCUAGAAAGCAAUAAGCGCUUCGCCUAGUCCUAGAAAAUGUAAAAUGCCCUGGGGUAAUGGGGCUCCAGGUGAAACCAGGGACUGGACCACAGCCGUCAGUCUCUGAAGUUAUUGGCCACCACGUUUACCUGAGGUUCUCCAUCCCAACUUCCUUUCGGCAAGCUCCAGAGCAGGUGUGACCUCAUCUUCCACUCUCUUCUCUCUCCAGCAUUCUUAGCUACAAAUCGAAGGUACCACCCCGAUUAUUGGUGGCAUUUGAGCUUAGUAGCUGUGUCCCCAGUCCUCAACUGCAAAUUCACCCACACAAUCGUGAAGGAGAACUAGAACAUUCUCUUCUCCCUCCCUUCAAGUCCCCAAUGUCCACAUCUUUUCCAGAAGUUACCUGGAGAUGUUAGUUUGAGGCUUUUCCCUAAAUACUGAAUCCAGGGAUACAGGAAGGGAUAUUUUGGGGUAUCCAGACAGAGGCUAUCAGUGAUCUAGAGCAGAGCUCCGAAAGCACUACUUGACUCAAAAGGUGAGAGAGAAGUUGAUCUACAUGACUGAUUUGUAGUCCAAGCACAUGACACACAGAAAGGUCUCCCCUCAGGCCACCUGGACACACAUGUAAACACGCAUACCUGCGCCCUUUCCCUGGGCAGCAGUCAGAGGAAACAGACCUAUGCCAUGAAGGAUGGGUUUCUUAUACUGACCUCCAGUGCCAUGAAGAAGCAGGACGAGAAGUGCCAGAGAGGGUCAAGAAUGAUCUGCUUAUUUCUUUGUCCUUUUUCACACAGCACCCCCAUCAGCAGGAAACCGGAUUGGAUCUGGGUAGCUGCUAGAGCCUCUGUUCUCUUGACACUACCUGCUUUUCAGAACUCUACCUCUCAGCUUAUGAGAUGUCAGGGGUGGAAAUCUUUGUAAUAAAAGGAGAAAUGGAGAAGAAUACCCAGUGAGAGGCGCAAACCCUGAUGUAAAUUAAAUUUGCCCCUCCCCCCCCAAAUCUUCAUGAAAGGUUAUUCCCUCAGCUUUCCAUGUUUUUACUUUGCACUUUUAAAGCUCCCCUCAUUUUGAAUAUUUCUGUGGAAAGUUCUUCAUUCUUGAGCCUGGGGGGUAUGUCUAUUUUUUAAAAAAGAAAAUAUUAAAUCAUAGAGGUUUAGCCACUGAACAUGUUAAACUGUAAGUUAUGUUUCAAGCUGUGAGAGAAAAAAAAAAAAAACUUUUAAAUGAAGGCUGAAAUAAAACCAGAAAAAAAAAAAAGCUCUGGUCCUUUGUGUGUGAGCCCAUCCCCGCUGAGAACUCAGAGGCCCUGGGAGAGGUUUCCAUCAGCUGUAGACUGAAGCAAAACCCUCAGCCACAGCCAGGGACCUGACAGGCUUUUUCAUGACAAUGGAAUUAAUC